AUGUCCACGAAUGCCUCCAUCACGCACACCAAACGAAGGUCGACGAGGGCAAUACCCUCGAAUUUGAAUAGGUCUGUGACAAGGUACAUGUUACAGGGUCAACAACCCUCGAAAUGCAAUUCGACGAGCAAAUCGUCCCCUCCCGCUGCAAAUAUUGCACCAGCUGAGAUCCUACUGGAUAUUUUCUCCAUGCUGACACCGCGGGACUUCGACAAUGCCCGGCGAACAUGCUCACAGUGGAUGCGGACUAGCCUGAACCACAGGCUACUUGAAAACAUGCUUAAAAGAGCAGGGUGGUGGGACGCAUGGUUGCAAGACUGCCAAAUGCCACGCAUCUCCCGGUUAGAUGAGAGCGAGGUCUGGAGAAUGAGCCGCCGCUUUGCGACAGAAUGUCUCCUUUCUGGGCGGAAGUUGAAUGUCGAGAAGUCGGGCUUUUUGACUACAGCGGUGGUAGACUUUUCAAGUCUCUCUGGUUCUACAAGAACAUCCCGCCGCACUCGACUUCAGUCAGUUUUGCAGAUGACCGAAGGCAAAGGGUCCGGGGUGUCAACUUUCAGCAUUAGCAGUUGCAGCAACUAUCUACUCGUGACGACAGGCUGUAUGAUCUAUAUUUAUUGUCUUUCGGGUCGAAAGUCUAGGCCAACAUCUGCAACAAACUUUAGCGAUGAUAACUUGGCGCUUGUCUCGCGUAUCUCAUGUCCGUUCGAUAUUAUUUCGGCCGCCAUAGAUACCAGCAAGCCCCAGUUCACCAUCGCUGCAUUGCUUCGCAACCGCGUCGGCAUGAUCUGCAACUUGGAUAUGUCUUGGGCCAAAGACUCAGCUACCAAGGGAUCUCACUCCAAUAGCAAAAUGCCCACCUCAUCCCGCCACUUCUUCUACAACAUCUGCACAGUGGACAACCCACCACGAACGGUUGCCCUCUGUCCUGGUCGGCCUAUUGUCGCCUUCGGCUGCGCCGCGGGCAUCGAAAUCCACAGCGUGAGCGAAACAAAGCGCAACGAACAACGCAAACACUUCACCCUCCCCCAACCCUCCGAAAUCCUUCAUUUCCUUCCAAGUAGCUCAGAAACACCCAGCGAGCUACGUCUCAUUUCCUCACUAUCCGGAUCGGGCUUGCACGAAUGCAAAUGCCCCCCUUCACCCUCCCCUUCAUCUUCAUCCUAUUCGACAUCAUCCCCAAAACACGACCCAAAAAACAACCAAUUCCAUUUCCUCGCAGACAUCCAGUCCUUCAAUCGCCGCCGCAUUCCCCACGCCCCAUCCCGCAGUUUUGUCCGCGCAACACACUGCCACCACUAUCGUGCCGUCCCCAUCAACGACGGUUUCCACAUCAUGUUCAUCGAGCCACGCACAAAGCUACUAUGCAUCGGGACCGACGCUCCAAUCGGCGGGCCAACAAGCCUAACCCGCGCAUUCGUCUGCGUUCCGCCGCCGUUCUCAAAUACCCAAGACGGACAGACCAAGACACCACCCCCAUCCCCAUCCCCCUUAAACACAACUCCGCCUCCAGCAGACCUCCCAAUCCCAACAACCUUCACUGCGGGCUCCGACCUCCGCUGGGGUCUCCGUGUUGUCGCAGCCUAUGGUGACCGCCUCGUGCUGUACUCCAUCCCCUUGGACGUAUUCAACGUGAUCCGCAAAGAGCGUGAACGUCAAGGUGACGGUAUAAUGGGUGCCAGCGAUCUUGCACUUGACUGGUACGUUGACUCGGAGCGGUCCCGCAAGCGGCGUGAGAGUCUGGUGCAGAACCAAAAUGGGGAUUGGGAGUUCCUUUUGUCGGUCUCCUAUCGUCCUACGGCUAUGAUGUGGCCGUUUAAGAUCUAUGGCAAGGAGAUUGGGUCCGUCAAGGGGACUGUGGAGCUUGCUUUGCAGUCUUCCCAGGGUGGAGUUAGGGUUUGGGCUUUUGGGGAGGAUGGAAAAGGCACUGUUUUGGAUGUUGAUAUUGGUGAUGCUCCCACACAGUCUCUUGGUGUUGGUUCUGAUGGGGAGUUGAAAGAUCUUGGUAUCGUUCCGAGGGUUGGUCUAGGUGGCCUGGGGGUUUCUAGGAAACGGAAGUUCGAGGAAGCGAGGACUGGGUUUGCAGGUCGAUAUGGUGCUGGUCGCUAUUCGGCUGGAGUUGAUGUCAAGCCUUGUGCUGCUGGUGUUCAUGGUAUACAUCAGGAUCCAUCUGUUCGGCGUUCAUCUUUUGCAGCUUGCAUUAUAGAUUUUAAGAUUCCCUUGUAUUAA